GCACUCAGUCCUUCCCUCCUCUGUCGUCCCUCGGGUACCACCAGUGCCGUUGGAACUACAACGACCAGGAGGACGUGCGCUCGGUGGACGCGGGCUUCGAUGAGCACGACAUCCCCUAUGACUUCAUUUGGCUGGAUAUCGAGCACACGGACGGGAAGCGCUACUUCACCUGGGAUCCUCACAAGUUUGCGACACCAAAGGACAUGCUGCAGGGUCUCAUGGACAAGAAACGCAAGAUGGUUGCUAUCGUGGACCCUCACAUCAAAAUAGACAACAACUACAAGAUCCACAACGAAAUCCGCUCUCGAGGUUUCUACGUCAAAAAUAAAGACGGUGGAGACUACGAGGGCUGGUGCUGGCCUGGUAGUGCUGGUUAUCCAGACUUCACCCGAGCUGACAUGCGGGCCUGGUGGGCCAGCAUGUUCGCCUAUGAUCAGUACGAGGGAUCCAUGGAGAACCUUUACACGUGGAACGACAUGAACGAGCCGUCGGUCUUCAACGGGCCUGAGGUCACCAUGCACAAAGAUGCUGUGCACGGAUCCUGGGAACACCGGGAUGUCCACAACCUGUACGGCCUCUACGUGCAAAUGGCCACAGCAGAUGGUUUGAUCCAGAGGUCAGGUGGAGUCGAGCGACCGUUUGUCCUGACCAGAGCGUUCUUCGCUGGUUCACAGCGCUACGGUGCUGUUUGGACUGGAGAUAAUGCUGCUGAAUGGGACCAUCUAAAGAUUUCCAUCCCCAUGUGUCUGAGUCUGGGUCUGGUUGGGAUCUCUUUCUGUGGUGCCGACGUCGGCGGUUUCUUCAAGUCUCCGAGCCCCGAGCUGUUGGUGCGCUGGUACCAGACGGGGGCUUACCAGCCGUUCUUCAGGGCCCACGCCCACCUGGACACCCCCCGUCGUGAGCCGUGGCUGUUCGGUCCUGAAAACUUGGCUCUGAUCCGCGACGUGGUGCGUCAGCGCUACACGUUCCUGCCCUAUUGGUACCAGCUGUUCUACAACGCCUACCGCACCGGAGAGCCCGUCAUGAGACCGCUGUGGGUGGAGUAUCCUCAAGAUCCUGCUACUUUUGCUGUGGAUGAUGAGUUUCUGAUCGGACGAGACUUGUUGGUGCACCCCGUUACUGACGAGGGAUCCCGGGGCGUCACUGCCUACCUGCCUGGAAAAGACGAGUUCUGGUACGACAUCCACACUUUCCACAAGCACAAUGGGGCCCAAAACCUUUACAUCCCCGUCACCAUGAGCUCUAUUCCAGUGUUCCAGCGCGGCGGCUCCAUCAUUCCCCGGAAGCUCCGAGUUCGUCGAUCCUCCUCCUGCAUGGAGCACGACCCUUACACCCUCUUUGUGGCUCUUAACCCUCAGAGAACCGCAGAGGGUGAGCUCUACAUCGACGACGGCCACACCUUCAACUACGAAAAGAAGGAAUUCAUCCACCGGAGGUUCUCCUUUGCCAACAACGUCCUCUCCUCUGUUAACAUCGCACCUGAUGCCAAGUUUACAACAAAGUCUUGGGUCGAGCGCAUUAUCGUACUGGGAGCCAGUAAACCCAGUAAGAUUACUCUUAGGACUGCUGGUGGUGAGGAGAGCCAGCUAGACUUUGAGUUUGAUCCCUCCAUGUCAGUUUUGACCAUCCGCAAGCCCGGCAUGAACGCAGGGGAGGAGUGGAGCAUCGCCCUUAAAUAACCACAGAAACCAGAAGAAAAAUAAAGUAACUUUAAACUAAACUGAAAAAAAGGAGAGCGAGCGAGAUGAGGGAAUAGACACAAGCCCCUAACGUUCAAGACUAACUAGAACAGAAAAACAUGAUGACUAAUCUGUAAAAUCAUAUUAGCUGCAGUAAAAUCCCAGCUGAAGUCUGCUCAGUUCCUUUUUAUGUCCAGUCACAACAAGGUUACUGCUAGAUAGAUACCGUCAGUCAUUUUCACAGAUAUUUGGGUUGGGGGGUUGGGUUAUUCAGUUCUCUGCGUGGUUUUAAAGACAUUCUGCCUCAGGAGAAUCCCUCACUCUCAAGAGUUUGGAAUUCAAAAUGAAGUAUCACAUUCAGACCCACCGGCUGUCAAUUCCUUUAAAAAUCUCUUAUCAUUCCCUUCUUUUAAAGGCCAAGUCCUUAAAUCAACUGUAAGAACAGCCAUCCUUCUCGUGCCACUAAUAAUUUCAAGACUGAUUUAUUUUGAAUAGUUUGUAAUUUUUCUAAUGCCACAAGAAUAGAUCUUUGUUUACCACUCCAUGCCAUUUUUUUGUAUUAGGCCUGUCCCUGAUUUUAGUUUUUAGUGAGUUUGUGUGAAUGGAAGAUAUUUCUAAUCACUGCUUCCCUUUUCUGAAGUGUUUCUGUCGUUCAGCAGCUGUACAGGAAGGGUUUUAAGCUGAUAUGAACAAAACUGACUUGGUGAAUCACAUAGGAAGACUUGAACCUGGAUUGUUCUUUUUGAUGUGUUUUUAUCACAUUUUUCCAACUUGGGUUGACCAGACUUUUUUUUAAUGCUCCCGUGGAAAGUUUAGACUUUUCUUUAGGUUUAUGUACUAUUAGAUAUUCAUAGAUGUUCCAUUCUUGAAGUGUUCCAACGAAAAAAUAACCGGUUAAAGCUCAGUUCUACAAAAAUAUCUACUCUAAACGUGCUGGGGUCAGUCACAGACACAAAUUAGUCUCUGAUAUUGCAUCAAAUCAUCAGAUUUUUGUUUGGGGUUCUGUUUUGGGAGGUUAUUUGUUUUUAGGGUCAUAAAAUGUACAAGUUGCUGCAUUUUUGUUGAUAGCUUGAACUGAUGGAAGGGGAAGUAAUAAAUUGCACUUCAGCUGUCAAAACUGUUUGAUGUACUCUAACAGAUGAGACCAAGUGAAAAUAAAGUUGACCAAAUGUGAAGAAAA